AUGGUCUAUCAAUUGCUAUCUAAUACAUUGGCGCAAUUCAUGCAUCUUAGGACAUUGAUAUAUUUGUUCCACACACACCGGGAUUUAGAAUUUAAGCCGGAGGAGACCCAGGGCCUGAUCGAAAAAAGCUCGACGACGGAUUCAGAUCCUACGGCGUGGGGAUCAGGGACGAGCAGCCUCGCCGCCACGGAAGCUCCAAUCGCGAGGACGGUCGGGAAUUUGCUCCGUCUAGCGCUGACCAGACCGACGAUUGGGCGACCUGUAAGAAGUCUCCAUGUGGAUUUGGCGAGCGGAGGGAGAGGGAAAAAAGAGGGGCUUCUUCACGGAUUCUCAAUCACGGACAAAUGA